UCUGGUUACUCUUUCUUAAGAGCCACCGUAUUUUACUGUUGAACCCAAAAGCCGAAUUGUGGUGGAAGUGGAGAAGACGGUGUCCAUCCCGUGCCAGGCGAUGGGGGUCCCUCUUCCUACUCUGGUGUGGUAUAAGGAUGCCGUCCCUGUCCUCAAAUUGCUGAAUCCCCGUUACAAGGUUCUGGUCAAUGGAAGUCUUCAGAUCCAGGGAUUGCAGCCUGAUGACUCUGGGAUCUUUCAGUGUUUUGCAAGGAAUGCAGUUGGAGAGAUGCAGACCAAUACCUUCUUGGAUGUCACGAAUGUUGCCCCCACUUUUACUCAUCCUCCAGCCGAUAUCACUGUGACUGAAGGGAUGACUGCGGUAUUAAGAUGCGAUGUUUCUGGAGCCCCAAAGCCUGCAAUUGCUUGGAGGAGAGAGCACCAGAUUUUGGCCAGUGGCUCUGUCCAGAUCCCCAGGUUCCUGCUCCUUGAGUCUGGAGGACUCCAAAUAUCCCCGGUCUUCCUUCAAGAUGCUGGAAACUAUACCUGCUGUGCCGUCAACUCUGAAGGAGUCCUUAAUGCCUCUGCUGCUCUUACUGUUUGGAGUAAGGAUCAUGUUUGAGUCAAACACUAGCAUUGA